AUGUCAGAAAAAUUAGGAAAUAAUGUCGUAGAUAAAAGCCUUGAAAUUGAUAAAGAUGGAAAUUUCGUUAGAACAAAUAGUGCUUUCAGAGAAACAGUUUCUAAAGAACAUCCAAUUUAUAAACCAGAAAAGGAUAGAUAUCACUUAUAUGUUGCACUUAUUUGCCCAUGGGCACACAGAACUCUCAUAGUUAGAGAAUUGAAAGGUUUACAAGAUGUUAUUAGUGUUUCUAUUGUACACUACCAUCUUGAAAGAUCAACAGGUUGGAAAUUUUCAACAAAAGAAGGUGCCACAGUUGACCAUAUUAAUGGCUUUGAAUAUUUAAAACAAGUUUAUUUAUUAUCAAAUCCAAACUAUAUUGGUAAAAUCACCGUACCCGUAUUGUUUGAUAAGAAAACUAAAACCAUUGUAAAUAAUGAAUCAAGUGAAAUUAUUGUAAUGUUAAACUCUGCAUUCAAUGAAUUUUCAAAAACUAAAGAACAAGCAGAACUAGAUCUAUACCCAGUAGAGUUAAAAGAUGAUAUUGAUAAAAUCAACGAUUUAGUUUAUAAUACUGUUAAUAAUGGUGUAUAUAAGUGUGGUUUUGCAGAAACUCAAGAGUCAUACGAAAACAAUUACUAUAAACUUUUUGAAAGUUUAGAUUAUUUAGAAUCACUUCUUUCAAAACAACGUUAUUUAGUUGGAAAAAAACUCACUUUGGCAGAUCUUAGAUUAUUUGUAACCCUUAUUAGAUUCGAUAUAGCAUACUAUGGAUUUUUCAAAUGUAAUAGAAAUUUAAUUAAAGAGUUUCCAGCCCUUUCAAAUUAUUUAAAAGAGCUCUAUCAAAUCCCAGAAUUUAAAAAGACUGUUGAUUUCCAUCAUAUUAAAAAUGGUUACUUUUUAUGUGUUAAUCAACAAAAAAGUGCAAUUGUACCAUUAGGUCCAAAUUUAGAUUAUUUAAAUCAACCUCAUAAUCGUUCAAAUUUAUAA